UUUUGUUUUUCUUACAUUUAAAAAUGAAAUCAGCUUAUAUUUUCAAGGAGGAAAAAAAUUAUAUUCAGCAUUUAAUCACAAAGGUGUGUUGUGUUUCUCAUUUACAAAUUGGAAACAGGUAAAUGUUUUAGGGGAUCAGAAUGCCGAGUGGAUUAGAGGGACGACCAGCCUCGAUUGGAAGCUAGCACACUAGGGCAGUAGUCUGGGUAUAAAGUUAAGAUUAUCUCUCUGGGAGGACCUGGUCACCCAUUGUGGAGUGUGUCCCCCGAUCAGUUGGAGAAUGAUUUGUUGGGCCUACCCCCAUUGUGCGUGAAUUGCUGUGUUGAUCUAGAAGGAAUGGAAAAAAUUCCAAAGACCUUGUAAAUGAGCUAAGGAAUUUCUAUUAAUCCUAUCGUCCUUUCACUUAAAUGAAAGUUUUAAGGAUACAUGCAGUUCAUACUACCAUGACGGAAGUUCUUUUUGGAGUGCUGUGAAUUGUUUUAUGAGAACACUGAGCUAUUAUCAUAUUCUGCUCAGAUUUUGAAUUGAAUAUUCAGAGAAAUUACUUUCUUCACACCUGAUGAACUUUGGACUUUUGGCGGUCAAGCUGAAAGACACUAUAUUCGCAAAUCCUGUCUUAAUUAAAUGCAGCAAAUCGGCACUGCCAGUUACUUCUUGUGCAUGUCAAUUGAACAUAUGACUUUAGAAGUGAGAAAACAGUUAUAACCUCAUGAAUGUUCAAGUUGCUUUCAUAAGGAUUUAAACGGAGUUAUUUUUUGUUUAUUUGAAUAUAAAAACCAGAAAACUUGAGUCCAACUUUACAUUAUUGGAGAUCCACGUGAAGAUAUCAUUAGUGUUGGAGUUACUGAAAAAACAUGGUGGUAAUGUAUUUUGACAUGCUAGAGCUGUUUAUGCCUUUCAUUCUUUGUGGACCUAAUGAGGAAAUUUAAAUCCUGUUGUAAAGCUCAACCAUCGCUACAGAGGGAAAGAUGAUCCCCUGGAUUCUAUAGGAAAGGAUUAGGGAGUGGAUAAUCAUCAAUUUUAGGGGGAUCAUAUCGGAACAUUUCAUUCCAGCAGAUAGAUUUGUGAAUGGGGGCAAGGGAAGGACUAAAAAGUUAAAAUAAUAGCUAGGCCCUCAGACCAAAAUCAAGGGUACAAAUGGACUGAAACAUACAACAUCAAACAUCAGAUUUUCAUCAGUUUGCGGGCUUGUUUUCUACAUUGAAGCAAUGUUUGUUGGGUUUUAUAGUCUUUUUUAUACAGUUUUGCAAAUUGACUGUGAAGGUUGACCUUUUGUGGUAGGGAAAAACUUUUCACUCUAACUUUCUUUGUUAAAAACUUAAUUGAGCAUUAGAAAAAACUGACCUUGACUUGUAUAAUGCUGAAUGAUGAAAAAGCAAGCAAGGGUUUGUAGCCUAUGAACUUUUUAUUCUUCAUCUGUACCUCAAAGAAUUUAGCGUACGAAUUACCUUCAAUGUGUUGAAUGCAUGCAUUCAAAAGUUCUAAAAGUGCAAGCGUAAUUGGCAGGUAUGUUGGCACAGUUGCAGGUUGUUCUAGCGAGUUCUUGAGACUCCAAAAUCUAGGUUCAUUCACAUAAAAUUUUCCAAGGACAAACGAAUUUCAACAGAGAGAGAAAGAAAGAAGAGGCAAGGUUUUAGGAGCAGACAUCGGCUGCAAUCAAGGUGAUCACUAAGACCUUUAUGACCCGCUGGAAUGGGAAUAUUCUGGUUCUUUAAUGCUCACCUCUCUGAAUCAAUACAAGAGCUAGUGUUUGAACUCAUUGACACUCAUCAGUAUAUGUUGGAAACUGAAACUAUUGGAAUUCGAAUCUCUCCCGAUAAAGAACUCGCGGUCUUGAAGAAUCAAUUCUGUCGGGGAUUUUCUCCUGCAAAAAGAGGUGAUUAAGAUCAAUGCAAAAGUUUUAGUUCAUUGAUGCAGAGAAUGCAAAGCAUGUUCACACAUCAGAGGAAUUGAAGAUCAUAAAAGUGGCAUCACUCUAUUCAAGUGCAGUCUUCUUCGUUCAGUAAGCUUGGAUCUUUUAGUGCCAAAAUAUUGGGAAAAUUUUUUUUUCUCUAACUCGUUGAGCCUGGGAGUUUUGUGUCAAAAUACAAUUACGCUCGAAUGAUUAAUAAUUAAUCGGUGCAUAGAUUUCAGGGAUUGAGGAAAUGUUUGCUGUGGCUCGCGAAAAGAGUUCUGACCAAAAAUUAGCUGCUGCUUACAGACAAGUGAAUUGGAUUUUUUCUGUGUCUUUACCAGUAUCAUUAGACGUAGUUGUGAAAGGUUAGGAGGCAGUCAUUGUGUGAAGUAAAGGAAGUGUCACUAGGUGCCUGGGGAAAUUCUAGUAUUGAUAAUUUGUCACUUGUAGGAUUCCUUACCAAAAAUUACUUUGUCUGGUACAUUGUUUUGGUGAAGAAACAACCCAAAACCUUGGGGUAAAAAUUAGUAUAAUUAAUAACUGGCUACUUUUUGUGCCUGGCUGAAGAUUCUUCCGCAAAAAAAAAAAUCUACAGAAGUAUUGCCAUAGAAACCCCCUGUGGUGCAGUGUAUAUAUCGUGUUGGCCGAUACAUGGAGAUUAAUAGAGAGAUAGAGAAGAUAUUGUUCUUGUCAUAAAGUGAUAGACUUGGUGUUAUAAAGCAAAGGGUGGUUGCCAGAACAAUAUAUUCUGUUUAUUAUAGUAGCAGAAUCAACUUGUAGUGCUCCCAUGGUGUGUAAGGGUAAAGGUCUUUUCAAUUUGUGGAAGUGACAUUACACAUGAGAUUCACCAACUUUCAUCUCCCUUAGUGAAAUUUCUGUCUCAGUGAAGUGGACAUUUCUCCAUAGGAAAAUUGUAAUAUUGAAGAAGCAUUGACCACUUGACUUCUGCCAAGAUUGACCACUUGACCCUAUUUUGACAGACUCUCUCUGUAAGAUGCUACCCUGCUGUGAUGAGAGACCUUAAGAUAACAGACCAGAUGCCUAAAUAAGUGUCUGUCCAUAUUGAAAGAAAAACCACUAAUUCGAGAUUUAUUGAUACAUCCUUGGGAUUAGCUUGUGCUAAAUCUGUGAUUGUUGUGUGAUUUUAAGUCAAAAACCUGUGAAGCACCCCCUGCCAUUUAUUUAUUGGGACUUCAAAAAAAGGUGUUGUGUUGGAGAUUACUUAGUUGGGGUUUUCUUUUUGACACAAGCCAGAGGACCUCUGGGUCUUACAAGUUAGAUCAUCCCAUCCUUUUGCUGUGUAAAACACUAUGCUGUAAGGAGAGCAAAAACACGCGCAGCAUGAUGAAGUCUCGUUGAAACUUUGUUUAAUCUUUUUUUGUGUUAUCAGUGACAGAACUUCUACUUUAAAUGAGACCUCGAUUGGAGGUUUGAGGAUCUUUCUUCACUAAUGUGUGUGAUUUUUUUUUAUUCAUCUGGGAAGUGAUUGAAAAAAAAAAGAGAAGAAAACCCACCCAUUGUGAUAAAGUUUGCAUUUAUAUUGAAUGGAGUCUAUAAAGAAUGCCCUAUGCAGAUAGGGAAAACUUAUCCCUGACAGAUUUAACAAGUUAUUUCAUGGCCGGCCGUUCAUAAUGAAGCUUUGGAAUACCCAUGUGUAUGUUUAUGUUUACAUUUUCUGUGUUUCGGUUUUGUUUGAUAGCUGCCAGAACAGGAGACAAUGUCAGGUGAUGGCCAGCACCAACACUUUCAGACAGGACCCAUGUCCCAAGACGUCUAAGUAUCUCAAAGUCUCCUACAAAUGCAACCCUAGCGACUUUUCUAAUAUGACAGUCUGUGAUGGGAAGCAAAUGAUCUUACGGUGCGAAAAGCCCCUGAAAAUCGUCAUCAGUGAUGCGAUUUACGGACGGAUGCCGCAAGACACUUCUUUGUGUUCCGGUCGCAUUCCUGCAGACUGCCGGUCCAGUACUGCGGUGGAGAAGGUGAUGAAGAAGUGCCAUGGUCGGAAUCGCUGUGCCAUUGAUGUGGAGGAGUAUGUGUUCGGCAAUCCUUGCCCCCCAGCAAUGCCUAAAUACCUCAGAGUCAUUUAUAUAUGUGUACCAAAAAAGAUAUUGAAGCACAAUUUACGGCACAGAAAGAACCGGAAGAAAAAAGAGAGGACAACACCAGCCAGCGUAAACAACACAGACAUUCCAAAGAUCAGCACAUCCAAACCAGACUCGAACAUGUAUCCCAAAGAUCAAGAGAGAGAGAAAGAGGACAUAACUAUUAGCAGUAAUGGGAAUAAAGACUCAAAAAUGGAGGGAAAUGACACCACCCACCAUUGCGUAAACUAUACUCUGGCACCACCUGAGUUUGUGGUACCCUCCAGCAGUAAGAAAGGAUCAGCCACUGGUCUGGUCGUGGAUUGGUUGAACACUUUUAACUUCUUUGAUAAACACAGAGAAAAAGCACUGUUAUACCUGAUAUUAGGCAUCUGUGUAGGUGUGAUUAUCUUCCUGCUUGUGAUUGUGAUUAAACUUGUGAUAAUCAACAAACAAAAGAGGCGGGCCACGCUGGAUGUGACAGACCCCGCCCAUAGCAACUCUCAGCCCCCACCCGUGGAUAACAAUGGGGUGGACACACCCAUGUUGCCAAGACACGAUUCAAUGGACAGAAUUGAGGUUGUGAGGUUCGAGCCCAGGCGGACAAUAGCUCGAGCCAGUUUGAUUGACAAUAGUGACAGGACGUUAAACCAUUAUUAUGGAUGACAGUGUUAUAAUACGCAAUAGGUUUUUUUUAAGACUUUUUAAAAUGUUUUUUUCUUAUAUAUGAAAGAGUUGUUGUUACAUUUCAAGGUGCUAUGUGUUGUUUUUGUAUCAUAUUCCCACUGGGAUUUUUUUUAAAUGAUGUUGAUAUUUUUAUGAAUACAUGUAUGACUAAAUGUUGAUCUAGAUGAUAAACUGUUUUACAUGUCAAAUUCUGAAGGACUGCAGAGACUAGAAGGGUUUAAUUAUGUAAUAGUGCAUAUGCAGUUUUACACAAUGAGACUUUUUAAUAUAAGAGUUUGUAAGGGAACUUUUUUUAAUUAUUAAGCAUUGAAAACUCACUACUUUAGCAUUGGUUUGUGAAGAAAUCGCAAAAAUUACCAUAUAAUAGUAGGAAAUGGUACAGUAUCGUAGGUAUAGGUUGAAAAGAUUAUUUAUAAUGCAUUGUGAUUAUAGUGCUAUGAUAAUGGUAGGAUAUGCUGGGAGAGGUCCCCCAAUGGCAGAUGAAUAUAGACUACCAGUAUAUUAGUGUGCAUUUAUAUACACUCAAAGCUGUAAAGAGGAAUAGUUUAGGUUCAUCAUCUCUGUCCGCUUAAUUAGCAAUUUAACUUUGUGGAAUAACCUUUGACAGAGUUAAAGAUUUUAGUCUUCUAUACCAGUGAGAGUUAUUCCCCUUAUUAAAGGGUUCAUGUACCUUAAAGUAAUUUAUCACUUUCAUUUUCACCAUAUACAUGGUCAGAGUUACAUGUAUCACACUUAGCAGAGGCUCCAUGUACCUUUAAUUAAGUAAAUUAUAUCUCAUUACUUUCAUUUUCACCGAAUAUAGUACAACACAAUAGGGCACAGAAUGAGAUUCAGAACAGGGCGUACUGGUAAUUAUAGGUUUGUUUACACAUAACAAAGAUUUUUUGCAAAGAAAUAAUGCACACUGAGAAAGAUGAACAUCGUACAUGUAUAAUGUACUGGGUAAUUUAAUUAGUCUGAAUUGGUAAAAAAAAAAAAAAAAAAAAAUUGUGCUUUUGCAAGAUGUAUUUAUCUGUCUAGACCUAUUUUUAAAUUUUUUUUUUAAUGAAGUCUGCAUGUGCAUGCGAUUAUCGAUGAAUCUCUAUGGCAGAUCUGAACAUAAACACUGCUGUGAUAUGAAUGUACAAUGACACAAGUUAUGAGUUUUUUAUCCAUUUGAUAAACACAGAUUAUAUAGGUCUCAUCAAGUAACCCCAAAACAAUAUAACGGUAAGCUAAAUAUUUGGGUUAGUGAAUUAGCGAUUUAUCCUUUAGGUUCUAUUGGUGCCAAAGUCAUUUAAUGUUUAGAAAAGCACUGGAAUUUCUUUUCCACAGUAUCAAGAUUAGUGAGCUUUACUGUUCUGUAUGUACUACACUGUAUAGGGUAUUAUUAAGUCUCAUUGCCAUGUAAGAUUUCAAAAAUAUUUUACUACAGACCUUGAUUUAUUUCUAGUCAUUGUGUAGAUACAAAUAUAAGCUUUAAAACUGUGUAAAUACUUAUCUGUGUGUAUAUAAAAGUAGCUUGUGUACAUAUCAUACAAAUGAAUAUAUUAUUCUUAAUUUAUAACCUUUCAGUGGCAAUAUGUAAACAUCACAUGUACAUGUAAACUAUUAAUACAAAAUUACCAUUUUAUUCAGUGUAGAUGCCCAUGGUUACUCAGAUUUAUAUUACGGUAUAUAUAAUUAGUUUUUAAUGAUGAAUGCUUAUCAACACUACACAAACCCUAUCCCUUACCCUCUAUUUCUUUAUAUAUAUAGCCAUUAUUUUUUUAUUUUUUUUUUGGGGGGGGGGGGGGGGGAAAUUGUUCCAAUACUGGUUCAUGUACGUAUAACAGAAAUGCAUAACAUCCUCACCAUUCUACCCCUUCUUAAAUGAAUCAAAGAAAUAUGAUAUGAAAAAUAUCAUUAAAUGAUUUUUUUAUCAUAUCUGGCAACAUACAUGUUUCAUUAAUAUUUUAUCAUAUUGAUCAUAAUAAGCAAAGCUCUCUCUUAUAGCCUUAUUUGGUCUAUAGGUGCAUGAAAUUAAUGCAAACUCAGAACCCUUGUUUUUAUUUCUGAUUCGUCUUAUAUUCCUACAUUUUGAUCUGAUUUGAAACUUUCGGUCAAGAAAUAAGCCAAGCUUACUUUCAUUUACUGGUAAUAUGUUUCAAUAAUUAUGUGGCUUUAAAGUGAUUAACCAUAAGGCUGAAAUUCAAGUUCUUGCAUGAAUACAUUCAUGUAUAUUUAAGUACCGGUACAAUAUCUUUGCAAAAUAAGCCUAAAUAUUUGUAUAUUUUUAAGUGCAGCAAUGCCUUGAUUCCGAUGAUUUUAGUAAAGAUACCUGUAUGAACUGUUAAUGUUGAUGUCCAAGCUUUGUUAAUGUUAUAAACCUACCAAUGGCUUGUGAAAUGGCAAAGUAAUAUAUACCAGUACUAAAAGUACAUCAGCUUUAUAUCGAUAUGAAAGUUUUAAUCAUCUCUUACUCUUAAUUAAUACAGAAGUCUUUUGUGUUCUACGGAGUCACGGGUAUCACCGAUCAUUCAUUUUAUCUUUUUAAAAGAGCCAUCUUUUUCAAGCCAAGGGAGAUAACUUGCCCUCUUCUCUUGUUAACGAAAUGAUGGAGCUCUAGCUAUUAUCCUUGGCUAGCAAAGAUGGCUUUAAUCACAUGACCAUAUCAUUAAGGAUGUCACAUGACCUUUUUUUCCGCUGGCAGCAACUGUACAACUAUUCUUCCACCCCAAUUUGUUAAUUAUGUAAGGAUUUGUUAAACUGCGCAAAUUGUGUAAUGAUUUUAAACUGCUGUAUAUUGCAUAUUUUUUUACUGCUAAAUUAGGUGUCAGAUUGCCCAAAAUUGCCUCUUUUAAUUUUUUUUAGUUUAAUUUGUUUUAUAUAAAAUAGAAAUGAAAGAGCUCCUCCCUGACUGAUGUAGUUUUGUGGGAGUGAUCUUAAAAUGCUCCAGAUACUGUUAUAUUUGAUAAAGUAGCUAAACGUGCUCAGUUCGUUUGUAGAUACAAUUUCAAUUAGUUCAAGAUUACCGGUAUUAAGAUUUUUAUUAUAAUACAAGAGGUGUAUUGAUACAUACUGUAAACCAAAUUGAACUGUUGACAUUUACUACAUUUCAUUUAAGUCUUUUUUCACAAAAGGACAUUUUAAAGUUUGUAUGUUUUCUUUAGUUAAUGUUUUUUGUUAAAUUCUGUUAUAGAAAACCAUUGAUCAUUACAUUUUAAUCGUAACAUUUUACCAAGUGACUUGAAGCCAUUUUUUAUGAACACUGCUAUUUUCUAUUCAUUUGACUUUGAGUAUCCAAUUAUUCUUUCUGCCAUGCAUGAAAUUGAUACAUUGUGAGCAUGUGAAACUCCUGUAAAUUAUUGAAAGUGUGUGUUUGUUAUGAGAUCUGCUGAAUGAGAUGAACAUGUUUUUAAAUAUUAAUACCUACAAAAUCUGUAUCAACUUUCUAUACUGUAAAAUUGUCAAAUAAAAUACAUUGUAAAUAAUA